GCAACUCUGGGGCUUUCGUGGUGAAUGGCCAGCGAAGUAAUAACAUUGCAUUUAAUCACUAUUUUAAUAAAUUGUAAAUAAAAGGCUCAUUCAACAUGUCCUCCCUGCUCCAACUGGCGACCAGGACGCUUCGGAGUUCUAUGAUACAAGUGCGCAGCGUGACCACAACUACUCCCAGACAAAUUAAAGAAAUUCAGGAAAAGCAGGAAAACAAUGUGCGGAUCUUCGAAGGCGUUAAUGUGGAGUCACCGCGUGCCAAUUUAAUGCUUAAAUCCGCUUGCCAGAGCACUUUUUGCCCGGAGUGUACAUUGGGCCUGGACAUUAAGCACACGGAUGUUUUAAUCCUGUCGCAGUACGUCCGUUCCGAUGGCUGCAUGUUGCCUAGAAGGAUCACCGGACUGUGUCACCGGCAGCAGAAGAAGAUGGGGACCUUGGUGACCAUGGCCCAAAAGGCGGGACUGAUGCCCAAUUUGGCGCCCACGUGGAGCAAAAAGGAUCCCAAGAAGCGCUUCGGCUGGCGCAAGUUCAACAAGUACUUCCUGGAGUCCACGAUUAAAUACUAGUGUAAAAUGGCAAUAAAUAUGUUGAUAUAGUUAA